CUUUCUCCAGCUUGAAAGCUAAGGGACCCAACCUCGCCGCCUGAGCCACCCUCUCUAGUCAAACGCUUCCUCCUCCGGUAUUUAUCAGUCGCACUUCCUCUCCUCUGACAGCCCUACUGACUUCUUCAAAAUGAGCCGUCCGACACUGCUUUAUUUCCGCGAUUUGCAUACACGCAUCUACUUCCUGGUGAGGAGCCUGUUCGGCAACUUACCUGGCAGAGCAAGGGAGGAGGGAAGAAGCAAGGAGAACCUCAAGGAGGGACAAUCUGGUGGGGGGAGAAGAGAAGGACGGACGACACCAGGCGGCCAGGUGGUCUGCCCUGUCCUGCUGAUCCCCUUUGGGGUUUAAAAGGUAACUCAAGGCAGGGAGCGUACCCCACCCAUAUUCCUUCCUCUUCCUGUUGUGGUUCCCAAACAUCUGAAGAACUCUAAGGUAAGGAAAAGUGUUUUAAAAUACUUGUUUAUUUGAAUAUCACACAAGCUAUAUCAGUAGAUCUCAGAGCAUGAUACAAUUAAUCAUAAAGCAAUAAGGCAUUAUUUUUAUCCCACAUCUCCUCUUUCAGCCAUUUCAAUGAGUGGAAAUUGGGAACGAGCAUAUUUUUAUGGAAAUAAAUCUUUUUCUAAAUCUAUUCUGUGAAUGAUGACCAUAAUUGUUUAUUUAUGUUAUGAUUUAUAUUUUCUCUUCCUCCCCCCCACCCCUCACCCUUAGCUACCAUUUGCACUUGGUAUUUAUUUCCAUAGAUUUCCUACAGGAUAUUGAAAUGACAUCCUUACAAGGUGCUACAAUGAGUCGAAGUAUUCCAGUUGAAGUGGAUGAAACUAUUGAUUGGUCUCCAUUUCCAGAACAUUCACUGAAAGAGGCUUCGAACCCUUCUGUAGAAGUUAUAAAUAACUCAAUGCCUAUGGGAUCUUAUCCACCGCAAACAUCUCAUCCGAUAUAUGGGCAACUAGGAUUCUAUAAGCACCUUGACCAUAUCAAUUAUAAUAAUAGCAUACUGGAAGCUUAUGGCCAUAGUCUUCCAGAAGAUACCUAUGAUUCUAGAAGAGGACAAUUUCCUGGCCCAUCCAGCAAUUCAACAGAUCGUUCAGAAUGUAAUCAUUUGCCUCAACACAAAACAAACCAGCUCUUGAGGUCUCAACCAUCAGCUGAUUCUCUUGACAUUGGGCACAAUUCUAGUAAUUUGCAAAGAAGUUCAUCUGAAAUAUCCCAGCAUUCAUUUGGUGAAAAUCAGGAAAACGUAAAGCCCAACUGGCAGCAUGAUAAUAGGGUGCCAGUAGACCUAAGGACAGAAGAUGCAGGAUAUGAUUCUCAGCCUCAGGAUCCUCUGGGCAUUGGACAACCUGAACUUCCCUUGUCCUUUACUUCUGUUUUGAACAUACAAGACCUUCCAAGGUCUCUGAGGUCCAGAGAAUAUCCACAGAUGGACUCUCAGUCAUACCCUUUAUUUCCACAGAUGCCCCAUCUUUAUAAUUCACCACAAGCUCAAUGGCAUCCAAGAUACUACAAUCAGAAUAUGUACCGCCAGAAUCCAUAUGGGCAAACCCCCUACCAACAUUUUGCACGUUCACCUCAAGUGCAGCUUCCUCUUCCUGGCCCUUGUGCAAGAGUCACCCGCCCUGCGCAGCAAAUAAUCCCGCAUUAUUCUAGUCCACAUGGACCCAAGUGUAAUGAAGAAAGACUGCCUCAGGGGGAAAGCUCUUCCGAAGGACUUCAGAGAUUUCAUGACCAGUUUCAGAAUCAGAUGCUUGAGAAUAACGCACCAUUCAAAAUACACGGUGCCCAUGAGGGCGUAGAGAGAUUUCCUUUUGAUUCCAUGGCUCAGUCUGGCAGUAUGACCACCUCUGGGGCUAUCCCAAGGCCCCUGACUAAUUCUGCAGCCAGAGGGACACUGAGGACCAGCAAUUUGCCUGAAGAGCUACGUAAAGUCUUUAUAACCUAUUCUGUGGACGCAGCUGUGGAGGUCAUGAAAUUUGUGAACUUUUUAUUUGUGAAUGGAUUUCAGACUGCGAUUGACAUAUUUGAGGACACCAUCCGAGGAAUUGAUAUUAUCAAGUGGAUGGAACGUUAUCUAAGUGAUAAGACCGUAAUGAUAAUCAUAGCAAUCAGUCCAAAAUACAAACAGGAUGUUGAAAGGGCUGAAUCCCAGCUGGACAAGGACGAACAUGGUUUACAUACUAAGUACAUCCACAGGAUGAUGCAAAUUGAAUUUAUACAGCAAGGAAGCAUGAACUUUAGAUUCAUUCCUGUGCUCUUUCCCAAUGCAAAAAAGGAACAUGUGCCUACCUGGCUUCAGAAUACUCAUAUCUACCAUUGGCCUCGGAAUAAAAAGAACAUUCUGUUGCGUUUGCUCAGAGAAGAGGAGUAUAUCGCACCUCCAAUAGGACCUCUGCCCACUCUCCAGGUUGUUCCAUUAGGAGCGCACAUCUGAAGCACACAUGGACUAAAUAGUGUAUGAUUCUCUUGGCUGAUGGCCAGAGUUUUCCUGGCUACCCUUCUGGGUGAUGAACGGCAUAUGCACCCUUCUCCCCUUCCCGCCACAAAUAGAAUUUGUCUUGGGGUGCAGCAAGCCAAUGUGUUUCCUUUCCUUCUGAAGGUCUCUUUCUCAUACUGAUCAGGCACAUUGCUGCAUUUCAACAAACUGCAAAUGAAAAAUGUAUUUCGUGGUUUUUGCUUUCUUCUUCUUGAGCAACAUUCCAAGUCUGCAGUAAAGCAAGCAAAUACUACAAUGAGACUGAGUAUGCCAAAAAAAAAAAAAAGGAUACUCUUGUUGAUUCACAGCUCGUUUUGUUGUCAGAUAGAUGGACAUAUAUUGUAAAAUAAUAUUCCAAUGCUGUUUCAUGUACACGAUAAAGGAGUUACUUUUCA